GAAUUUUCCCAGACGGACUCGUUUUCUUUCAGCGUUCCUAGUUGUUUUGAACGCACUGAAGUCGGAGAUUUUUUAAUUCCUAGUUGUUUUGAACGUGGCACAAGAGUGACGUUGCUGGUAGCAUACACGUAGCCUAGUAGGAUGUGUUUAUCGAAUAUGGCGGCUGUGUUUCAGCCUCACUGUCCUGUACAUUUGUAAGAACUUCCUAUUUAAUCCUUAAUUUCAUCUUUUAUUUUAUCGUAAAGAGCCAAGUCUGAGCUCAACCUCUUCAGUGACGUCACUAUCGAGUGGCCUGGUCCUUGGACCUGUCAGAACUGCAGCCAUGCAGCCCCCUCCUCGGACCGGCCCCCCUGGUGCAUCCGGCCCCCCUCCUGCCAGCCUUGGGCCCAAUGCCUUCCGGAGGACAAGGCCCCACAAGCAUACAGGAGCAGCGGCCAUUGCGGGACUACCUGCCCAGCCCAUGACAGACCCCUUCGCAUUUGGCAGGCAAGCCCCUCCUCCUAUGGCUACAGGUGGUCACCCGCCGCCACCCAAUAGCAGCCCUCUGCCUAUGCAAGCCCCGCCUCCCAGUAUGUACCACCAGGCUGGCAUGGGUCAGGGGCUGCACCAGCCACAACCACUGGAUAGUGCACAGGCUGGGGCUGUGCCCCUUGGCCCACCACCGCCCUCUACCCCAGGGGUAAGCAUCUUAACCCCUCACGGUACUGCGUCCCCUGUCCUUUUUCCUGGACAGCUACCUGGCCCGCCAGGCCAUGCACCACCAAGUGCAGAGCAGGGCUAUUUUAACUCUAGGGAGCCAGCACCCUCGAUGACCCCAGGACACCUUCCCAUGGCCUCAGCCCCUAUGUCUGGCCAAGCGCCUUAUGGCCAGGACCACGGAGGAGACCAUCACCCUCAGGCGAUGCUCUUUAAGCCUGUGCCUCCCGUUUUGUCUCAGUGGGUGCCCGAUCAUGGGAGCCGCCCCCCGUCGGUUCAGAACUAUUUCCAACCCACUAGUGAUCCUCUACCCCAGGUUUGUAAUGCCGCUCCCCAGUCCCAGAUAUCUCCACACACACCCUUGCCCCACAGCACCCCUCCAACACACCCCCAGCAGCAACACCAGCCUCAACCACCUCCUCAGCACCCAGACAGGCCUACUAGCUCCCAGUGGCCUGACCUGGCAGGUGCGAACACACCCCAGCAACACAACGCCCAUUUUCAGGCUCAGACCUACUUCAGCCAGAGCUCAGCCACCCUGGACUCCUGGUUCAACCAGCACCCCCAGGACCUGGUCUACCACCAGAUGGGUGCUGGCCCUGGCCUGGCUCGGCCCGACUCAGCCAGAUCUCACUAUCGGCACGACUCGGCCGGGUCUCACCAUGGAUCCCACUAUGGAACUUACCAUGCAUCAACCCCUGGCCCAGCGCCGGUCCCCUUCAUCCCAGACGGCACCAUCUCCAUGUUUUUCAAAGGAAACGACGUGGAGAACGAGGAGACCCUCGCCGGAGAGGGAGCCGGAGCAGUGAAUGGUCUCCAGGACUUCCAGCCCUCCCAUAAUCACCAGCAGAUGUCAUCCCCUCAACCCCAACCCAACCCGGUGGCAGGUGCAGAGGCCACACACAGUUACCGUGGGCCCCCCCCACAAGCUGGCCAAUCAUUAACCUACAUGAACGAUGGUAACUUUCCUGGAGCUGGCAAACCCAUCCAGCAGAAACCUGCUGAGGCCCAGUUUGACCAUGUGGAGAACCUGGAGUGUGUGCCCAACCAGGAGGUCCUACCCAGCGAGCACCAGAACAGCCCUGCUGCAGCAGCCGCCCACGGGGGAGAUUGCUACGAGGCAGGCCCCAAUCUGGAGACCCCCGACUCUGUCCCCCGGCCCAUACGUUCUGCCAGCGUGUCCUCGAGCUACAGCAACUUGAGCCACGGCAGCGGCACUGGUACAGUUCCACGCCGGCACCAAGGAGUGGUGGGCACCUUCAUCCAGCAGGAGAGCCCUCGUCCCUCAGAGGACGCAUUCUCCUCAGCCGCUGCCGGAGGCUACUUUGAGCAGAUUGACACCUCUCCGGCCGGGAAUAUGGCCGCUGCUUACCAGAGCAUCCCGGAGAGAAUGUGCCACAGCCAACCCCCUACGCCCAGUCCUCCCAAACCCACCGGCAUUUUCCAGGCUAGUGCCAACUCCUCCUUUGAGCCUGUGCGCUCACACAGUGUCGCAGUGCGCCCGGCGGAGGUGGACCGUGCCCGGAUGGUGGCGGAGAGGGGCUCUGACUCUCUGCCUGGGAACCUGGAGCAGCCUCCAGACAACCUUGAGAAUGUCUACGGAGCAGCUACAGGGCACACUCAAGCUGGGGAUGGAGCUGGAGCACCUCCUCUUGCAUACCCUCUGAGUCACUCCCACUCCAGGCCCUCGUCCCGGGCUCAUGUGGCCCACCGGCCCUGUGAGAGCCCUGCCACCACCCUGUGGGCCCAACAUGACCCCGCUAGCCUGGGAACCAACAUCCUGCUGGUCCCCGCUGCCCCUCCGGUCCUUGCCCCACUGCGAGAGCCCAGUGCCGAGGUCAUCCAGCCCCCCGAGGAUGGCUCCCUGGACCUUCAGCCCCCUCAAUGCGCCCCUCUGCCCUCCCAGCACCCCUCGGAGAACCUGGAGAACCCUCCUAAGGUGAGUGAGGGGGACACGUCUGACUCGCAGCCCAAUCUGGGCUAUGCCUCUCUCCUGGUGUCUGAAUCGCUCCACCAGCCCGUGUUGAUUGCCCCACCCACCUCCAAUUACAGUGUGAUUCCUCCCAGUAACCCUGCAUUCGCAGCCAAUCAGAUCAGCCCCAGGGAGGCCACAGUACCUGUGAGGCCGCCCUCGCAGGCUCAAGGGGCCAGUGCCGCACAGCCCGGUCCUCCCUUGCGCUCCAAUCAGAACCCAUUAUUUACCCCUACACCAAUGAGCUUCAGCGCCGCCUCUAGCCAGAGCCCCCUCAAUCUUGUUCGGGAUGACAGGGAAGGGGUUAAACCAGAGAUCACGCCCCCACCAUCCCUGUCCCAGCCUGCUCGGUCCCCUCUCUCAAAGGUCCAAUCAAUGUGCGGAAACAACCAUUCUUCUCUACCUGUUAAUUUGCAGGCUCCUCUUCCUGCUGCUCCUGGUGCCGCCAAUUAUAAUCAGCUUUCAAAUUACGAGCUGCUUGAUUUUUCUAUGCACCAAUCUCAGAUCCCAAACCAAGCCGCAGGGCUGCCACCUCUCUCCCUCCAGCAGGGCCUGCCCCUGGCGGGUAACGCUCCUGGGUUUUACCUGCAGGUCACCAAAGAUGCUCAGCAGGUGGGUAGAGGCAACGAGGACGCCUCCACAACACAGAUACCUGCCGAACCCAUGUCCCUCCCAGUGGCCCCAAACACCCAACAACCACCCUCUGAUCCACCCAUUGUGCCCCAGCCUGGUCACCAAGGCCAAGGAGAUGACCCUGCAGCCCCUCUCAGUGGAGCACCACCACCGCAAGGGCAGUACCCACCCCCAGUGCAGGGUCCUGCCACGGGGAAUGCACCCACCCCCUCUGCGGCUUACCCUGGACCUCGGGGACAUGUGCCUCUAGCCAACCCCCCUCCACCAGGAACCGGGGUUCCUCCAGCCCAGCCAGCCCAGCCAGCCCCUACAGACCCACAGCGACCUCCCUCGUCUCUGGGAAGCCAGCUGGGGUACGGCCCACCUCCUCCAGGGCAGGUGUAUGGGGGAUACUACGGAGGUUCCUACCCGGAGUACCCAGAUGGCAGAGGAUCAUAUCUUCCUGCUCAGUACCCACCCGCACCUGUGGACCCCAGAGCACAGCAGUAUUAUCAGCCUGGUCACCAAGGCCAAGGAGAUGACCCUGCAGCCCCUCUCAGUGGAGCACCACCACCGCAAGGGCAGUACCCACCCCCAGUGCAGGGUCCUGCCACGGGGAAUGCACCCACCCCCUCUGCGGCUUACCCUGGACCUCGGGGACAUGUGCCUCUAGCCAACCCCCCUCCACCAGGAACCGGGGUUCCUCCAGCCCAGCCAGCCCAGCCAGCCCCUACAGACCCACAGCGACCUCCCUCGUCUCUGGGAAGCCAGCUGGGGUACGGCCCACCUCCUCCAGGGCAGGUGUAUGGGGGAUACUACGGAGGUUCCUACCCGGAGUACCCAGAUGGCAGAGGAUCAUAUCUUCCUGCUCAGUACCCACCCGCACCUGUGGACCCCAGAGCACAGCAGUAUUAUCAGGAUGACCCAUACAUGAUAGCGGACCCUCGCUACGGCAGAUAUGAAGGAGCCAACCCGGCCUACCCCCCAUACAGAGAGCCCCCGCCAGAGAGACCCAGCUCCAGAACCAGCCAGUACUCAGACAGACCCUCCUCCAGGCAAGGUUUCCCCCCCGAAGACUAUCAGAGAGCUAACCGAAGUGCUUAUGAUGACUACUAUGCAGAGUAUUACAAAAACCAGUACGGGGACCGGAGCAGGUGGGAGGGCUACAAUGCUUCAGCAGGCACAUAUGACCCCCGCUACAGAGACUACUACGACCAGAACUACUGGUACAACUACAACCCUGAGGCCUACCGGGGCAGGGAGGCAGCCUACUACAACCAGCAGCCCACCCAGCAGUACCCUGCCGCUACCGCCAGGCCACCGGGCUAUGACGACAAGUGGCGCUACUAUCCUGGUUACGAUGCCAGUUUUGACGAUGACUACCGGCGCCAGAGGGACCAGUACAGGGACGAUUUUGACCGACGGAGCGUCCACAGCGAACAGUCGGCCCACAGUCUGCACAGCUCCCAAAGCCAUCGCAGCCGUCGCAGCAGCUUUAGCUCCCGCUCACAACAGAGUGAGGUGUACAGGUCUCAGCCUGACCUGACAGCGGUUUACGACCCCGCUGUUUCUACCCUGCCUGUGGAUUACUCCUAUGGGCAAUACCCAGAGCAGACGGAUCCCGGACAGAGCUUCAGCCAGUACCCCUACACCUCGGGGUACCAGGCAGACGACAGCACCUGGGUCGUCGCUGAGCAGCCUCCUCCACGUCCCAUUACUCCAGAGAAGUACUCGGUAUCCCACCGCUGUGCCCGCUUCGGGCCAGGCGGUCAGCUGAUCCAGGUCCUUCCCAACCUCCCCUCGGCCGGCCAGCCUGCUCUAGUGGAGAUCCACAACAUGGAGACGAUGCUACAGGACACACCAGACCAAUCCGAGCUGCGCUCCUUCCCCGGACCGCUUUUGAAGGAGGAGACUCACAAGGUCGACGUGAUAAAGUUCUCCCAGAACAAAGGCCUGGAGUGUGCCCGCAACAACGACCUCCUGGACAAGGACUCGGCUGCCCUCCUCUGGGACUUCAUCGUGCUGCUGUGUAGGCAGAACGGGACCGUGGUUGGGACUGACAUAGCUGAUCUGUUGCUGAAGGAGCAUCGCUCAGUGUGGUUGCCUGGCAAGUCACCUAACGAGGCCAACCUGAUUGACUUCAACAACGAGCCACUGGCGCGGGCCGAGGAGGAGCCUGGGACGGGACCACUGUCCCUCCUAUCAGACACCUUCAUGACUGUCCCCGAGAACGUAGGCAAGGAAACGGAGCGCUUCAGGGAACUGCUGCUAUUUGGUCGCAAAAAGGAUGCCCUGGAGGCAGCCAUGAAGGGAGCUCUGUGGGGCCACGCCCUGCUGCUGGCCAGUAAGAUGGACAGCCGGACACACGCUCGCGUCAUGACCAGGUUUGCGAACAGUCUGCCCAUCAACGAUCCUCUGCAGACAGUGUACCAACUGAUGUCUGGGAGGAUGCCCGCCUCAGCCACUUGCUGUGGAGAUGAGAAGUGGGGCGACUGGCGCCCCCAUCUGGCCAUGGUGCUGUCCAACCUGACCCACACUUUGGACCUGGACACGCGUACCAUCACCACCAUGGGAGACACUCUGGCUUCCAAGGGGCUAACCGAUGCGGCCCACUUCUGUUACCUGAUGGCCCAGGUUGGUUUGGGGGUGUUCACCAAAAAGAGCACCAAGAUGGUUCUAAUCGGCUCAAACCACAGUCUGUCGUUCUUCCAGUUUGCGUCUAACGAAGCGAUCCAGAGGACGGAGGCCUAUGAGUAUGCCCAGUCUCUGGGCUCCCAGCCCUGCUCCCUGCCCAACUUCCAGGUGUUCAAGCUGAUCUAUGCGUGUCGCCUGGCCGAGGCCGGCCUGUGUGCUCAGGCCUUCCAUUACUGUGAGGUUAUCUCCAGGAGCGUGCUCAUGCAGCCGUCCUACCACUCUCCUGUGUUCACCAGUCAGCUGAUACAGAUGUCUGAGAAGAUGCGAUUCUUCGAUCCACAACUGAAGGAGAAGGCAGAUCAGGAACUUUUCAACGAGCCAGAGUGGCUGAUUGAUCUGAGACAGCUGGAUGGGCAGAUGAGGACUGGAGUGAUUGCAUACAAUGCAGACAGGGAUACUCCUCAGCAGUAUGACUGCAGCACCCCCAAUUCUGAGUUAGACCAGACCAGCCCGCCUGAGCCAUAUGCCCAGCCUCUGGACAUGGUUGGCCACACCUCUGACAACCCUCUGAUGACAUCACUCAUGCCCGGACCGCCUCAGCAAGGGGUGCAGCUGAUGCCUCCAGCUCCCCCAACUAUCCUCCAGGACGGAAUGGUCUCCCAGCCACCACACCCCAACGAGGGGGUCCAGUUUUACCCAGUACCCCCCAGUCUCCCUGGACCACCUGGCCAGAUCCCUUUAUCAGGGUUCCCUCCCCAAGGCUCUGGCUUUGUACAACCUUACCAACCCCAGCAGCCCCAACCGGACAAAAAUGACAUGUUUCCUGGAGCCCAGCACCAGCAGAUGGCGCCACCACAGCAUCAGCAACAGAUGAUGCCCCCACCACAGCAUCAGCAACAGAUGAUGCCCCCACCACAGCAUCAGCAACAGAUGAUGCCCCCACAAAUGCAGCAGCCACAAAAGAUGCCCUCUGACGAUUAUCCGCUGACGGGUCCACCGGAACUACAGCCUCCUCCCAUGUCCACCUCGCCACAGAGGAACACCUUCACGCCUCAGAUGGACUUCUAUGACCAAAUGGCUCACAUGGGCCCAGGAAGAAGAUCCAGGACUACUUCACAGUCCUCAAUGCAAAUGCAGCCUCCAGGUCGCCGCUCCCGCACCAUGUCGGAAUCUUCCACACACUCCGGAGGACGAGAGAGGAGCAACUCGGCAGCCAAGCAGUCCUCUCCUCCUCCACCCUCCAUCCCUGAGCAGGCCAAGAAGGACUCACCUAAAAAGGGAGGAGGGGGUGGCGGUGGCGGUUGGCUCAACUGGCUCUAUAGGAAGGGGAAGAAUGAAGCCCACCUUCCGGAUGACAAGAACAAAUCUAUUGUCUGGGACGAGAAGAAACAGAAAUGGGUCAACUUGGAUGAGCCAGAGGAGGAGUACAAGCCCCCUCCUCCUCCUCCCUCGGGCUUCCCUAAGAUGCUGGGACCCAUACCGGGACAAGGGGGUCCUGGAGGUCCCCCUACUGGUGGGCCGCCUGUCAACAUGUUCUCCAGGAGAGCAGGUACAAAGAGCCGCUACGUGGAUGUCCUGAACCCAGGUGGACCCCGUGCCAAGCCCGGUGGAUCGGCACCUGCCCCGUCAGACUUCUUUGCCCCGUUGGCUCCCAUGCCCAUGCCAGCCAACCUGUUUGUGCCCGGAGCAGAGGAACAGCAGCCCAUGGAGGGUAACGUCCCAGAGACAGGAGGGAACCAGGAACAGAGCGACCCUAACCCCAGUGCUGUGCCACAGAUGUUCAACCCAACAUUGUUACCGCCCAGUCCAGUGGGGCCUCCUAUUGCCGCUGGGUCCCCGCCAGGAGAGGUGCCCCUGACUCCACAGCCUCCUCCCCAGGGAGCUCCACCCUCUGGAGGCGUGACGUUCUAUAACCCCGCCCAGUUUGCACAGGCGAGUACUCCAUCGGGACGGCUUCUGUCUGGGAGGUUGGGCGGUCAGAGGGCAUACCCAGUGCUGAAGUAGAUAUCCAGCCUAGUUCAUCCUAAAACAGACUUUAUGGGUUUAACCACCCCCUGGGAAGCGCAUAGACAUCUCAACUCCCCCUCUGAUGGACCCCCCCUUACACCCCAGACGAACACUACCACCAGUACCAUCAUCGUCAAACGACUAUACCACUCUUUCACUAAUUAAAAAACAUAUAUGAAUAUUUGUUAAUUAUUUGCAGGCAAGAUUGUCAUAAAGGGCUUUUUUCAUGUGUCCAAACUGAGUUAGUUGGUACAAUGGAUCUUAAUGCACAUACUUAGCUUGAUUAUACUGUAUGUGACAACCUACUGUGGAGACAGACAUGCUAGUGUGUUCAGCUCUUAGACAACAUUCCCUCUACACACAUGCUGAGACAUAGGACUGUUCUGGUCCUAUUUGUAUCUAUUACGUGUGUCUUUGGCCCCUUACGUAAGUGUGUUAGUGUGUAAAAGAGCGUAGCACUUCGGGAGCUCAGCUCACUUGUUUAUGCUAGUGUAUAUGGCUCCUCGGUGUUCCCGUACAGAUACUGAAGGUACUGUAGCGCUGAUGUGUGUGGAGUAUCAGUAGUGCAAUGCCUGCUGUGUUCACUCUCCCUCAUUCAGAUGUGCGCAGGUGUGAUGUGGGGUCCAGCAGAGGCAAUAGGAGUGACUGUCACGCCUCGCUACCCUAGGAGUUUAGAAGUUUGAGUGUUGGAAUGUUCUUUAGAUAUUUAUAAAAUGUUGCUGCCUACCAACACCUCAUUAUCAUGCACAAAGGUCUUAAGUCUCAACUAGGCUUCCUCUCUCCCAACUGAGUUUAGAAGCAGGCCUUUAGAGGAACAAGGAGUGAGCUGGGAUUCAGGGGCCUCAUUUAUAAACCGUGCGUGCAUACAAUAUACCCCAAAAUGUGCAUGCGGCAGUUUUCACGAUCAAGUUGGCAUUUAUAAAAAUGUAACGUGAUGUGAGAAUGUGCUCAGCUCCCCGUUUAGACCAUGCGUAAGCACAUCUACUAGUGGCUGAAAUAUUGUAUUGCAAGCUGGCAAGUAAGUAUUUUGUGCAAAUGGGGGAUAUGAUGAAAGGCUUAUUCAUAAAUAAACUAAAAACAGGACAACAUUAACACAAAUGCAGCCAUUUGCCAUUAGUGAGAAGAGCAAAAUUCUUUAAUCUAAAAUAAACAUUUGAAUCUUUCUAUUUUCAUAACCGUUGCAGAAUAAAUUUCUCACCUUUUCUAGCCGUAAUAGGUUCAUAUUCCCGAAGUAGCCAUACAUCAAAUUAGCAUGUGCAUCUUAUUUAAUUGGACCUAGGAGCCUAGUAAAUAGAUAGGCUAUGUAUUAAGUUGUGCAAUCCCAUAGGCAGUGCGGUUAAUAAUAUAGCCUACAGUCAAAUUUAAAAGGGGAACAGUUUCUUUUACAUUGAAGUAGGCCUAUGUAUGCUACUGUAAUUUUUUUUUAAAGUUGGUAGCCUUCCUUAGACCAUUUUUCAGAAUUCACGGCCAGUCCCAUCAUAUUUAGGUGAAAAGUCGAUGCAAAACAUUGAAUUUAAAAGUUCUGCUGACAGGUCCACAAUUUGCCAUUUGUUUUCUCUUUCAUAAACUGUAUUGGAACAUUCUGCCAACACAGUAGUUUAUGUAAAAUAUUUGAGUAAGGGUAAGCUAUUGUAUUGCUGUGAGAUAGAAGCACAACAUUGCCAAUUUAAUCCGAGCCUAUACUAAGGCACGACAUUGUUUCUAUCUAUUGAUAAACAAAAUAUUGAACAAUUUUCUAUUUUGCACUUUAGUGUGGGCUGUAGCAUUUAGCCUACUUUUAAAGUGUUUUCAAAAUAUGGGCUACAAUCAACCUUGCAGACAUCAGGCACUCGCUAUAGGCAGCAUGCAUGUUUAGUUUGAAUAACUGCAAAACAUUCUGCCCACAGAAAUGUGAACAAAAUUGCCCAUUUUAGAUACUGCCAUGGCCUAAUUCAAAAUUAUACAGCAACUAAAGGGUGUUAUUGGGGUGUUUUCCAAGCAGAGUUUUAAUGCGUGCAGUUUUACAACCAGUCCGAUUUAUAAACAGGAAACAAUCAUGCAUAUAUAGGGUGUGCACCAAAUGUAUGAAUCUAAAUAUUUUUGUACUCCCGCUGAAUUUUCUGAAAUGUGUCUCAUGCGGAAAUGUGUGAACAGUUAUAAAUGAGGCCCCAGGACUAUAUCGGUCAAGUCUCAGAUGACACCCUAUUUCCUAUAUAGUGCACAACUAAGUGGCUCAGGUCAAAAGUAGUGCACUUUAUAGGGAAUAGUCAUGGUGUCAUUUGACUACAAUUUUGAAAUGUCAUUAAUCUAUCCAAAUAUUUAUCUGAUCGAUUGUAUUUAUGAGCUGUAGUCAUGAGCAAAAGUGUGGAGAGCAACUAUUGUUUUCGCUGAUUUAGCUUUGAAAUGUCAUUAAUAGAUGAUAUAAUACCUGGAUUCACGUUUGUAUCGGCUGCUUCAGCAGAUUAACUAGCCCAUCAUUAAAUACAUCUGUGAAAGGAGAGCAAAUUUGACUCAAAACUGCCAUUUUCCUUUUCUUUUUUGCUGUUGCUUUUGUCAAUUUUGUUAUCCAAAAUUCCUUGCUUCCCCUUUGUGUUCUUGACUUUGUUUCUGUGUUGAACACCCAAUUAUUUUUUCCCAAAGGUCCCCUUUUUGUCUGAGAAAAGCUGUUGAUUUUUCCUGUUUUAGAAUUCAACCCUGUAAAAUGGUAAUAAAGAUAUCUUUGCGCUCUUUA